CCCAGCUGAGGAUCAGGAUCCCAGUGCCAUACUCCAGGAGCAAAACUGGGCAGUGGAAGAUGAGGAUCAGUUUUGCUGGCACGAUUGCAUUGGAGGUUGCAGGCCCUGUGCCCCCAGCAUAGCCAGAAAGUAUAAGGAGGAGGCCUCGUGCAGCCUGAUAACCAAGGUCUCAGAUGGGCCCUUCAGCCAGUGCCACAUCAAGCUGGAUCCUACAGUCUAUUGGACAACUGCAUGUAUGAUCUGUGCCACAACGACAAAUACAGGAAGGCCCUGUGUGAGGCCCUGAAGGCCUACGCGGACGCCUGCCAGCUGGAGGGGGUCAGGAUUGGGGAAUGGAGGCAGCUGGCCAGAUGUCCCAUGGAGUGCCCCCUGGAGAACAGCCAGUACCAGCUCUGUGGAACAGCCUGCCCAGCCAUGUGUGUGGACCAGUCAGCCCCCAGCAGCUGCCAAGACCCCUGCGUGGAAAGCUGCCAGUGUAAGAAUGGUUUUGUGCUGAGCCAGGGAAAAUGCAUCCCACAGGGCAGCUGUGGGUGCCAGUUUAAAGGGUGCCCCAUGCCCCCAAUGAGAGCUUCUGAGUCGAUGAGGCAUGUGGGACAUGGUGCAUGUGCAAUGCAGCCAGUAGACAAAUUGAAUGUGUGGGUGCUACAUGCAAACGUUCAGAGAGAUGCGGGCUAGUGAAUGGCGUACGGGGCUGUUACCCUUCCAGCUAAGUCACCUGCUCUGUGACAAGGAAUCUGUGCUAUGCCACCUUUGAUGGACAGAGAUAUGACUUCCAAGGGCACCUGCCACUACCAGCUCACGGCUCUGUGCGAGAAGGCAGAGGGACUAGUGCUCU